CGACUCCGAUCUCCUUCUCUCUGUUAGUUGGCUGUUUCAGCAUUCCUCAACUUCUUGGCCAUAAUGUGCUCCAUACCCAUAAUCACCACCGGAAUAUGGGUGGCGUCGCAGCCGGAAAACCAGUGCAUCCACUGGGUGCGGUGGCCGGUCGUCCUCGUCGGCGCCGCCGUCCUCCUCGUCUCCCUCGCCGGCUUCGCGGGGGCCUACUGGAACAAGGAGGGCCUCCUCAGCAUCUACCUCGUCUUCAUGGCCAUCCUCAUCCUCCUCCUCCUCUCCCUCCUCAUCGCCGCCUCCGUCGCCACCCGCCCCGGCGGCGGCGCCGCCUACGGGGAGGAAGGGUACUCCGGUUGGCUGAGGGAUCAUGUCGCCGGGGAGGACUACUGGGGUGGCAUUAAGGCGUGUUUGGCUGCCGAUUAUGGCAUUUGUCGCGGGAUCAAUGAUGUCUACUCUGAUGCCAAUAAUCUUUCUCCACUCCAGUUGGGGUGUUGUAAGCCGCCGACAAAAUGCGGGUUUCAAUACGUUAACCCAACGACGUUGAUCAACCCGACAUACCCGACAAUAGACAGCGAUUGCUCGGUUUGGAGCAACGACCCGACGGAAAUGUGCUACGGUUGCGACUCUUGCAAGGCCGGCAUUUUGGGGAAUCUAAGAAAGCAAUGGCAGAGAGCCAACAUUGUUUUGGUCAUUGCACUUGUCCUUCUCACUUGUGUUUACAUCGUCGCAUGUAGCGCGUACAGAAAUGCGCAAAAUAAGUCGGGUUUGAGGUAGACAACUCAUGUAUGUGGUCAUUUCGAAAGCAUGUCCGAUAAAGAACCAUGCUACCGUUACACCAAAAUUCGUACCCCAAACUUACACCAAAGGUAUACACCAAUACUUUGAUGGUUCAUACUGACACAAAAUGUUGGUGUGUUAACAAAAAUUAGCAUUACACCAACACAAAAUGUUGAUGCACACAUGCGGUGUACAAAUGAGGUACAAACCUUUGGGGUA